UGAAGAGGAUAAGUAUUACAAUCAAAAAACCAAUAUACGUUGGUCUCUCAAUUCUAGAUUUGUCAAAAACACUAGUAUAUGAUUUUCAUUAUUCAUAUAUGAAGAAGCGAGUUGGAGAAAAAUGCAAACUCCUUUAUACGGACACCGAUAGUUUAAUAUAUGAAGUUGAGGAUGUUGAUAUGUAUCAAGUAAUGAAAGAAGAUAUACAUAAAUUUGAUACUUCUAAUUAUGACGAAAAUAAUCAGUUUGGAAUUUAACACAGAAAAGCGAAAGCAGGCAAAGAAUGAGUUUGAAAAACUCUUCUACAAAUUGUUAAUUAAUGCAGUCUAUGGAAAGUGUAUUGAACGAGAGCGGAAACGUGUAGAUGUGCGAUAUGUUAAUAAAAAAGUUCCUGGAUUGAUGAAAGAUGAACGCUGUGGCAAGAUUAUGACAGAAUUCAUUGGUUUAAGAAGCAAAAUGUACAGUAUUUUGAUUAAUGGAGCCGCGACAGUGAAAAAAGCUAAAGGUAUAAAAUCUAAUGUUGUAAAGAAAUCAAUCACGUUCGAAGAUUAUCGAAAAUGCCUUCAGGAUCUUGUUAUUAUAAAACGUGAGCAGUGUAAUAUUCGUUCAAAAUUACACAUUGUGCAUACUGAGAAACAGGAAAAAAUUGCUCUAAGUCCACACGAUGAUAAAAGAUUCUUAUUGCCUCAUAGUACUGACACUUUGCCUUGGGGACAUUACAGAAUUAUGGAAGAACAGAUGGCGCAAGCUGCAAUGCAAGUAGAGGGAGAUGCGGUGGAGGGGAUUGUAGUGGAGGAGAGGGGCAACAAUGGCGAAGGACGAAAAAGAGAGGGAGAAAGUGAGUGGGGGCAUGAAGCAACCAAUGAGAAUGCUUCGCGGGUGGGGAUGACACUUUAUGCUGAUGGAGGGGAACCAAUCAGGAUUGAAUAUGAUGUUUUAGAGGAGUUUAUGCACGAGUGGGAUCCAUCAUUGGAUAGGUUAGGAACUGAACAAGAAGAGAGAAGUGAUAUAUUACUAGAGGCUAUGGAAGGGGCAGAAAUAGUGGUGGGAAACGGGCUAUAUGAACGGACGCAGCACGAUGAACAGCACAUUCGAGAAAUCGAAGCGAACAACCAACCUUGUGCAAAGAGACCAAGACUCACCUAACUCUAAAAUAAAAUGGAUCUAUCUGCACUCAACAAGAUUGCCGAGCGCGAGUUCUUGCCUAAGAAGAAAGUCACGGACUUAGAAAAAGAUCAUGACUACAUGGUGACUGCACUCAAGGAGGUGAAGACGAGAUUCGGCACGAAGAUCGUGGCCGAAAUCGAUGACAGCUUUCAAAUAUUUCUGCCGGGGAAGAUCUCAUCAGCAGUCUUGAAAGAUCAAGAACUGUUCAACAAUCUCUCUAACACAGCAAAUAAACUCAGUUUAUUUGUAACAUAUCAGGGUGGAACUUCAUUUAAGUUCAGUACUUGUUAAAAAUAAAUAAAAUAAAAUACAAAGAUUGAUUAUUUUUUCAAACUAUUUAUUUGUUCGAAACUUGUACAUAAUAUACAUGAAUAAAUGCAGUAUUAAACUUAA